UUGAAGACAACAGAGCCAAAAACAUGAAUAGUGGCGACUCUAUCUUGAUUGACUCUAUAAUUUACAAUCACACACUCUGCAAUGGAUGGACCAACAGCACCGAAGGUGCCAUGUACCAUCUGGGUAACACCAUUCUUUUUUUGGGCUAUAUGGGUGGUAGUGGAGCAUAUGGGGCUCUGUACAUCUUCAGCUUUUUGGCUCCUGCUUUCCUCUGUCUGACACUGUGGGGCUGGUUGACAGUGUGUGGCCUUGAUGUCUUCCUCUGGAAUUUGCUGCUGAUGCUGCAGUGUUUGGCCCAGGUGUGUCAUCUGAUUUUUCGGCUGAUGCAGGACGGUUUAGCUAACGAGGAGCUUUCUGCGCUUUACACAGCGGUCUAUCUGCCUCUGGAUGUACCUGUGCAGGUGUUCAAGGUGAUCACAGCUGCCAGUGAGAGCAAAGUGCUCUCUCUAGCGGCUGAGGAGACGUAUGCUGUCGAGGGGAAGACACCCAUUGAUCAGUUGUCUUUUCUUCUUUCUGGCAGGAUUAGAGUGUCCUUAGAAGGUCAGUUUCUCCAUUAUAUCUUCCCUCACCAGUUUCUUGAUUCUCCAGAAUGGGAGUCUCUAAGACCAACAGAGGAAGGGAACUUCCAGGUGACACUAACCGCAGAGACGGACUGCCAUUACAUCUCUUGGCGCAGACGUCGGCUUUACCUUCUGCUGUCUAAGGAUUGUUACAUUGCCCGACUUUUCUCAGUCAUGCUCGGAAGUGACAUUGCUGACAAACUGUACUCGCUCAAUGACAAGCUGUUUGCCAAGAGUGGUGUGCGUCUUGAUAUCCGUCUGCCCAGUCUCUACCAUGUCCUUGCCCCUUUGCCACAGGGCAAUGAGGGUGGAAGUGCUAGUUCACCGCCCAGGGGGAGCCAAGGAGAUGCUACAGUCGUGACGGGUGAUCCAGAACCAUCUAACCAGGGCUCAGAUGCAAGAAACAUCCAUCCGGACCAGGGAAAGACCCCUGUGCCCAAAUCUCCACACCAGCUCUGGCCCUCAGACACAGAGAUGCCCUCUGGCGAGGAUUCAACCAGCUUGGUUCUGGAGGACUUUGCUGAUAUGACAGGCUCUCUAAUGGACUAUGGGAGUGAGAUAGAUUAUUUGAAGUAAAUGUUGGGGUGUUGACGCUAACACACUGGGACACUUCUUAAAUCACAAUAGGAUGAUACUCCAGGAAGACUUCGAUUCCAAAGAGGAUGUGUCCCACUGGCCCCUACUGACACCCCAAAGCUGUAGGAAUGGUUUCAGCAGUAUAAAGACCAUAACAUCUGAACGAUUACUCCACUAAAUCACCAUCCAAUCUGUUUCCCCUCAUACAAAUGAAGACAACAUUAACACCAAACAGUAAAAGAUUCAUUAAAUGUCCUUUUGUUUAGGACAGUGACAGGACAAAACAAGAGCAAACCUCCCAAAACAGGUACUGUAUUACAUAUGAUUCUACAUUGCUGUGAUUUCAAAAUGCUUUAUUUUUAUUUGUACUGGCAUGUGCUUAGUAGUUAAAUAUGUUUGGAAUAAUUGAGACAGGAUGUUUAAGGUAAAAGCAACAAAUUAGAUUUUCAAACAUAAAUGAAUUUUAACAGCAUUUCAGAGUUAUACUAUGUAGAUAAUGAGAUUAAUCACAAAAGUGUUUGCUUUAUAAUAUAACAGGAAGUUAGUAAAUGCUUCAGCAACAUCUUCUGUAUACUGACCAUAUUGUGAAAAUAUUUUCAUGGGGCCAAUUGUUAAGUGGUGGGUUCAAAAUGUAAUUCUUAAGAUUUCAAAGCAGAGA